AUGGAUACUCCUGAGUCUGCUUCAAUUCAUCCGGAUACUAUACAACCAGUAGCUAUAUUUAAAAAGAGAUCUGCAAAGGGAAAAUCCAAUUUUCGCAAAAGAGCUGCAACGCCACCACCUGUAGACAGCGAUGAUGAUACAUCAGGAUAUUCUUCAUCGGAAGAUGAAAGUGGUCGCCGGAUCAAACGAAGAAAGAAAAAUACAGGUGCAAUAACGGCAUCAUCUACAAUUAAUAAUAACUCGUCCAACUCAAACGAUCUUUCUGCAACAAAAUAUAUCGCUUCUCAUAACACCACCAUCCGCGCUUCUGAUGAUGCUACCAGAGCGAGCAAUUGGUACGAUGAGAAUGCAACAGAUGCUCUAUCCAGCAAAAAUCUCUUAGGCACCACACGUUCCAAACCUACAAGUGGAGAUGCGCCGGAUGGCACUUACAAAGGAUUAGCAAAUAGUACCAAAUUCAUACAAAAGAAUCCCGACGCCCCAAAUCGCGUCGUAGGACCUAUUAAAGCACCAACAAAUAUUCGCACAAUCACUGUAACUGAUUUUGCGCCCGAUGUUUGCAAGGAUUAUAAAACCACGGGAUUUUGCGGAUUCGGAGAUAAUUGCAAAUAUCUACAUGCGCGUGAAGAUUAUAAAGCAGGUUGGCAACUCGAUAAAGAGUGGGAAAAUGUUACAAAAGGAAAGAAAACUUUAGGGGGAACGAAAAUUGCUAGUGCGGAUCGCAAGGGGGAAGAGGAGGAUGAUGAUGAUGAUGCGCUUUUGGAGAAUAUACCAUUUGCGUGUAUAUUGUGUAGGGAGAAAUAUAAGGAUCCAAUUAUUACGAAGUGUGGGCAUUAUUUCUGUGAGAGUUGUGCGUUAAAGAGAUAUAGGAAGGAUCCAAGUUGUGCGGCUUGUGGGGCAGGAACAAAUGGUGUUUUCAAUGUGGCAAAGGGAUUGAAGAAGAUAUUGGAGAAGAAGAGGGAGAGAGCGAGAAAGAUUAGGGAGGAAGCGAUUGCAAAUGGUGAGGAGAAACGUAUCUCCAAAGCCCCAAAAUCAAUCAUGACAGGAGUAACCGCCACAAUUGCAUUUUAUGGUGAUGGUGGAGAGUGUCGCGUACCGUAUAACGGUCGAGAUGAACGUACUGGUGGAAAAGAGGUAUGGGAAGUGGAGAUGGUGACGGUUGGGCAGGGUGAAGGAGAGAUGACUGUAGGAAUUGUGGGGGUUUUGAUGCUUGACUUAGAUGAGGGAUACUUGAUGAGAGAGUCAAUUAGUGGUUUGAAUUCGGAGAAUGGUAAAGGAGGGAAAGGAUAA